AUGGGGGUGCGUGGUCCGGAACCUCCUUGUGGUGCACCCUGGGCAACGGAGACGGCAGCGCCUCUCUCCCUAGGUGGGGGAGGCGCUGCCGCCUGCGGCCAAUUCCGGCCGAGGUGGGAACGGCCCGUCAAGGGCUGUUCGGAGGGCUGCUUUCCGCAUGUCCCUCUGUUUGGCAGAGGGCAUAGGGGAGAGCGGGCUGGGGGCGGACGGGUCCACUGCCGCUGGCUCUGUCCAGAGGUGGUGGACACUGGUCUGACGCAGACCACCGUCCGGCCAUGUCGUAACCCUGACUGGCAACAGUCAGGAAUGACGGCUCUUCGAGGGCUACGAGGAAGGCAACCUCUAUAA